ACGAAAUCCUGUGCUACACGCAACAAUGGCUUCGUCAGAAGAUGGAAAUGCCAGCGACAAUAAAGGUCCGAUGAUCCUAUCGGUCCUAUGGGCACUGACAGGUCUCACAUCCGUCCUUGUCAUAGCGCGCAUGUACAUCAGGACAAGUCUUUUGCACAACCUCGGACCGGACGACUGGCUGAUCACAGCGUCGUUGGUGAUGGGAGUCGUCUACUGUGCCAUCACGACAAUAAACGUGGAUAUGGGAUAUGGGAAGCAUGCAUGGCUAUUGAGCGAAAGAACUGUGGAACGUGCCACAUUCCUCAAUUGCUUGAGCUUUCUUUCCGGGAUAAUCUCAUUCGCGAUUCCGAAGCUGGCGGUGACUGCGAUGCUCAAUCGGAUCCUCAACCCAAGUAUGACUCAGCGCAUAUGUCUAUGGACAUUGACUGGAUUCGCUGCGGUUGUGUCAGGGAUAUGCAUCAUUGUGCUGUUCACGAUGUGCGACCCGCCCGAGGCGUUGUGGAAGACACAUCUGGUGACAGAAGGCAAGGCAACUUGCAAAGACGUCUGGAUCUUGAUCGACUACGCAAUAUUCACUGGAGCCCUAUCCGCGUUUGUCGAUCUGAUGCUGGCCGUCUAUCCGAGCACGGUGCUGAUGAAACUCCACAUGUCGUUGCGCAAACGGCUCGCGUUGUGCGCAGCCUUAGGUCUGGGCUCGGUUGCUUCCGCAAUGGCCAUCGUCAAGUGUACACAGUUAAAGGGGUUAGCCGAUAAAACCGACUACACCUACGGCACCGCCGAACUCGUCAUGUGGACAAACAUCGAGUCCAACGUCGUCAUAAUCGCCUCCUGCACCCCGACCCUCCAGCCCGUUCUCGAACUUAUCCUCGGUAAACGCACCACAAGCUCCUACAACAACAGUCGCAACCGCUACAAGGGGAGUUCACAACUGCCCGAUUCCUCCUACGACCAUAGCAAGCUGUCCAAGCCACGAAAGCCCGACUACGAGGUCACAACGGCGGGAAGUCAGGAGAGCAUUCUCCGAGAGGAAACCAAUGGGCGCAUUGAAAGUCAUCCGAUGGGAGCGAUUCGACGGACGGAUAAUGUAACCGUGGAAUAUGAGAGUCGGUCGAGAGAGGAUCCCGAGGAGCCACGGGUGUCGUGGUAGUUUCUUAUCGCUCCAUCUUUUUGUAUACUACUAUCUUAAAAGCGUUUUCUCUCACUUCUAUCCUUAUCCGAUCAUGUGGAUAUAUUGGUUGGUUGCGUUGUUGAC